UUGCGUCUCUCUGAAUGAAGGGAUGAAGAGCGUGUAAGGAACUUUCGACGAUGCAUUCGUCUUUCGGAAUAGCAGCUUGUCGCGGACACAUGCUGUUUAUGCGAAAUUCUGUGGCUCGUGGCGGCGAGAGCCGAGAGCGCAGGCGUCCGGAGUCCUGUGGCGGCAAGCGCGGACUCGGAUUUUCUCUAGUGUCGCGUCAACUGCCGCUGGAGAGUCGUGCGCAUCGCACCCUCUCUGUGCCAAGCUUGUACAAUCCCCUUUCUUGCGUGGCUUCGCCACGUUUCAUCUCGCCGCUCAACGCUAAGACCGGAAUUAAAAAGUACUUUCGGAGCGCGGCCAAUCCCGCGCGAGACUUAAACGCUCCCUCGAAACGUUGUUUAUACUUCUUAGUGCAACGGGAUUCUUUCCUCGGGGGAAAAAAAAAAACCCUUUUCGCGCAUCGAUAUGAAAUACACGUAUGCGUCGCGAAACUCGUAAUCAAUUCGACGUUCUAAACGAUCAACAAUGGUGAACGCUUCUUGAUCGGAAUUCGCCAAUCGAAAACUGGCAUAAUCGAUUUCCGGGAGAUCGCGAAUGAGAGUGCACAAGCGUAACGCGCGCGUUUCGUAGGAACGCAAUCGUUCAAUGUGACUGGCGGGCGCGAAUUCAGUCGAAAUAGCGUUCAUCCCCGAGCGCGUCCCAUUUCCGGUCGUCCGCGCGGAAGCGUGACGUAUUCCCAAAGAGGAACAGUGCAUCCAUCGAUCAUGAAUCGACGAGACGUGCGAGCGCACGCUGAUUCGACCGACAACGAGUCGUCCGUAUGUCAAGGAAUGUUCGCGUCGGACGCCAAAGCAUGAGGGACGCCAAAGCAUUGACGUAAUGCUGCCGUCCUAUCAACUAAGCGGGCAGCUUGGAAAGAUGAUACCACGGGACUCGCAUUUCAGUCUUGCCGAGAUGCAGAGAGCGGUGCUACUGUUCUGUUGGCUGCCGCUUCUCAACCACUGCCACGCCGUAAAUCCAGGUUGUUCUUGCGUUGUAUAUAGCAGCUCGGAGAGGCCUCAAGGUGGCACUUUCACAUCCCCCAAUUUUCCAAGACGAUACCCGCCUAAUAUUGAUUGUCUUCUUUACACGUUCAUCGGUCAUCCGGAUGAGAUCAUCGCUUUAACAUUUCAUCAUUUUAACAUUCGUCGUAUCUGGCCCAAUUGUUCCAGAGGUGAUUACUUGAAGCUAUUUUUACACCUGGAAGGCAAGGGCGUUUCUGAGUACACUCCUUGGUCUGGCGUGCUUUGCGGAGAGCUGCGUGACAUCCCGCAGGUCCUUUACAGCUCAAGAUCGAGGCUUAUUCUGGAGUUUCACACUGAGAGUCCAUCAUCUAAUGCCACCGGUUUCUCCGGCGUAUUUCGUUUCAUCGAUAGACGUUUAUUCGAGACGAACGGUCUACUGGUGCCCGGCACGAUGUGCGACUACGAGUUCGUCAGUUCGCAAUCGACGCCCCAUUACGGACGAUUUUACUCACCGCGCUACCCGUCCUCCUACCCAAAGAACAUCCGGUGCUCCUACCUCUUCCGGGCAAGAUUGAAGGAGAGAAUCCGUUUGGUUUUCGAGGAGAUCUCGCUGCAAAAAGGAGAUCUAAGUUGCCUGAAUAGGGCGGAUUUAAUCAGGGUGCACGACGGAACGGAUUCAGGGGCGCCCACAAUAGCCGUGCUCUGCAACCAAGGAGCGGAAGUGGAGGUACUCAGCACGGGGCCAGACAUCUACAUCGAGUUCGUCGCUAAUUCCGACUGGCCGGGCCAGGGCUUCAAGGCAAAGUUCCAAUUUCAACCAUUGGACGACGCGCCACAUCCCGAGCCGGACAAGGUCCCGGGGGCCGUUACGGGGAACCCUAGGUACUCGGUCAUUGGACCAGCUGUCAGCGCUACGACGUCGCUGUGCGACAUGGUUUACAACAGCGAUUCGACGAAAACGGGCAUAGUCAUGUCGCCUGGAUACCCAAACCCGUAUCCGCCCAGGACGCACUGUACAUACGAUUUCCAAGGAAGAGGAAAGGAACGGGUGCAGGUGAUAUUCCAGGAUCUGAAUCUGUUUCAUUCGCCGAACGACACGCCGAAUGACUGCGAGGGAGUCGACUCACUAGUGGCAUACGUACAUAUAGACGGGAAGAAGGAAAAGAUAGACGCGUUCUGCGGGGAGACAUCGCCAAGGCCUAUCAUGAGCAACGGUCCGCGGCUCUCGUUGGAGUUUCAGGGAGUAACGUCGUCCCGUCAUUGGAAAGGCUUUAAAGCGACGUACUUCUUCAUAGAAAACUUUGGGAUAACGACAGGUCGGCAGGAGGGGCAGUAUCCGUGUGCCUUUGUUUUCAACAGCAACGAGACCCGGAAUGGUACGUUCGCGUCGCCAAAUUACCCUGGGCUGUACCCUCGUAGCACGGAGUGCCACUACUUCUUCAAUGGUCAACUUAACGAGCGAGUUCACCUUCAUUUCCACUUCUUCGAUGUCGAGGGAGUGUUACCGUGCGAAGCUAUAUCAGCCAGCGAUUACGUCGAAUUCUCCAAUUACAUGAUCAGAGACCGAAAGUACGACAGGCAUUGCGGUCAGAUGAAGGAAUUCGACAUUUACAGCGACAGGAAGUUCUUCCGCGUUACGUUCAAGAGUAACGAUCGCCUCGACGCUACGGGCUUUAAUGCCAGCUACGUGUUCCUGGAUGAGGAGGAGAAUUCCACGAUAAAGAUACCUAAUACGAGGAGUGGAUCGGCACGGCACGGUAUCGCGCCUUCGCCGUUUCUACGGUUGCUAUUGCUGUUGAUAAGCCAUCUUCUCGCUGGCAGCGAUAGAGACUCGCAUUAAGAGAAGCGGGUUUAUCCGGGUGACUUCUUGGCUCAACUUACAACGAACUGCAAUUUGGAGAUCGAGAGGGUCAUCCAGAAUCAUCGAACAGUUUCGUCUCCUCACCGAAGAAAGUGGCAACCUCGUUGAUGAAUUCGUCGAGAGGGAGCGUGUGUUAUUAAAGUCUAUUAUUCUCUCCCCUCCCCAAGACACGGCGUCUUAAAUUUAUUCCACUCAUCCUUCCUUCAUUCUAUCUCUCGUUCGUUCGCGUCACGUUAACUAUUCUAU